AAUUUUAUUUUAAUUAGGUCAUAAAUUAUUAGAUAAAUUAAUUUUUAACUUGUUGACGUUAAUGUUAGUAAGUAAUAUUAUCAUCGAAAGUUUUAGUGCAAUUUGUGAUGAGUUCCUGUUGUGGUAACGAAAUAAUUUACAACUCUGCUCUAAGUGAAGUAGUCUCAAUAAAUGUAGCAAAUUUUGUUGAAUUAGUCCAAAAUUAUUUCUUUGUUUAUGUUUUUGGUGCUAUAAUUGUAUGUGCUACUGUAUUUAUGCGUAAACGCUAAGACAAAAGUAAAACUGGUGUCGAGUUGCUGCAAUCAACAAACAAGAUAGUUGAAAGUAAAAGUUAUGAGAUUGCAAGUUGAACGUAGAGUUAUCUACUGAAGCGCACCCGUUGUCGCGGUCAUCUCAGCGGGCGGGGAGGCGGUUCCCACCGGUCCUGCGUCCGAGGAAAGCGCUAUGAAAGGCGUCGAGGCCACACCGGAAGAGCAAGAACGAUUAGCCGCCGGAAACAACAAUGGCUCCUUGGACUGCAAGCUCCCACCGUCCGAGCGACAGGAGCCCCGCUCGGCCUUCCAUUCAACAAGAGUGUUUAUGCUGGUGUUUCUGUCGGGAUGGGUGCUGCAAGGCAUGUUCCUCACAUACUUCGUGAGCGUAACGACAACUGUGGAGAAGUUGUACAAAAUUGAAUCGAAGACGACCGGGAUUCUCUUGUCGGCGACAGAGAUCGGGCAAAUAUGCACGGCAUUGUUUCUGACGUAUCUGGCGGGACGGGGACACCGGCCGAGGUGGAUCGCGUGCAUGAUGCUGGUGCUGGCGGUGGGGGUGGUUGGCUGCGUGGUGCCCCACAUGCUGUACGGGACCCAGCUGAUGGACGUGCACCUUGACUCACACCGGGCGGAGCCGGCGCCCGUGUGCUCCACGGACGGGAACUCCACAGUGGUGUGCGACGCCGCUCAUAUGAAGAGCACGGCAGCGCGCUCCUCCAUCGCAGCCGUGGUGAUACCCUGGCUGUUCUUCUGUCUGCUGGUCGUGGGCGUGGGCCAGACCGGGAUCGCCACCUUGGGCAUACCUUACGUUGACGACAACGUGGGAAGCAGACAGUCACCACUUUAUAUGGCUAUCACAAUUGGGAUAAGGGUGAUUGGACCAGCUCUUGGAUUUCUUCUGGGAGCCUUGUGCACGCGCGUUUACGUGGACCCCUUGACUGAUCCAGGAUACCAGUACAACGACCCGCGAUGGGUUGGUGCAUGGUGGUUGGGUAUGGUAUUCAUCGCUGGCUUCAUCGUGAUCCUGUCAGCGUUGAUGUUCUGCUUUCCGAAGCAGAUAAAGCAAGGUCCGAUGCCGCCACCCAUAAAGAAGAGCAAAGAAAAGAAUGAACCGCUGUUCAAAGAUUUCUUCGCGACCAUCAAACGGCAGCUCACCAACGACAUCCUCAUGUGGCGAACUGCCAGCUCAGUGCUCCACCUGAUGCCGAUCAGCGGCGUCUACUCCUUCCUGCCCAAGUAUCUGGAGAAGGAGUUCCGUCUGCCGACGCACGACGCCAAUCUUGUCUCGGGUCUGGGUGGUAUAUUGGUAAUGGGACUGGGAAUCAUCACAGCUGGAGUGGUGAUACUGAAGGUGGUGCCCACCGCCAGACAGGUGGCGGCGUGGACUGCAGCCACGGCGGCUAUCUACAGUGUUGGUAUGGUCGUACUGAUGUUUGUGAGUUGUCCCGAGGAGAACUUCCGCGCGCUGAGUCCGGCUGCCGCGGCUGACAUGAACUGCAGCAGCUCCUGCUAUUGUGACGGGGCACCCUACAGCCCAGUCUGCGGACAGGAUUCGUUCACGUAUACGUCGCCGUGUCAGGCCGGCUGUGUCAGUAGUGAGCGACUCGACAACUCCACGUGGCUUUACUACAACUGCGCAUGCGUCAAUCACACACUACAAGGAGAGAUGGCGCUGUCUGUGUUGGACCGGUACGCUGUGAACCGCAGUGCGCAGUGGGCGGGGUUUGCGGUGACGGGUGAGUGCGGCGGCUCCUGCGACCGUAUCUACGCGUUCAUCGCCAUCUUUGCGGCCAUCAUGUUCGUGCACGCGAGCGGGGAAGUAGGCGCCGUGCUGCUCAUCAUACGGUGCACCCACAAACAUGAUAAAGCGAUGGCAAUGGGCGUAAUACAGUUCGCGAUCGGCGUGUUCGGCAACGUGCCGUGUCCCAUAGUGUUUGGCGCAGCCGUGGACGCGGCGUGCCGCCUGCGGGACGCCGCGUGCGGCGUACUGGGCUCGUGCGCGUCCUACGACAAUGACGACUUGAGGCACUUCUUCCUGGGUCUGUCAGCUGGUCUGAUGUUCCUGGCUUUCAUCAUGGAUAUGCUGGUGUGGAGUCGUGCCGGUCGAAUUGAUAUGAACCCUGCGGAGCGACCUGACUCCGGGCCUCUCAAUCAACCCUCACCCGAUACGCAGCUGUGAUAUCUCGACCCACAACUCAACAUAUGGAAAGUGUACACAGCGGCGGCCAUCUUGUAAAACUGUCAUUGUCAUGAGUAUGUGCACCCCUCGAACCAAUUAUUACACUGGACGGAGCCAUAGCUUGCUUUGAGCUGUUGCCACUCUUAUACUAUGUGUACUGUCAUCUUUGUCCAUUUCUCGAAGUCGUUGCAUGAGUGAUAAGGAUAACUCAUGUAAGCUGGCAACGUCGCACUGUACGUGUAAGUUGUGUCAGGUUGGGUGAUACCGAGUCGGUCUAGUCGGUCAAAACAUUGCGAUUUGGUUCGUAAAUAAAGUAAAAUAUUCAUACAUUACGUUGGUUUUGUUAAAAUCUAUUGAAAAAGUGGAACAUGUGAGGUGUAAAAGACCAAGAAUUAUCAUUUAUUAUAUAUACUUAGUGAUUUUGUAUUAGAUAUUCGAUAAAAAUUUAAGAUUUACUUGUUCUCAGUAUGAUAGUAAAACUACAACUACUACUAGUAGAAAUGACAUAUGCACAUAAUAAAAAAUUGGCACGCAUUGGAAGCUAUCAGUUCGUUCAGUGUUAUAAUUGGUCCGAGGUUGCACUCUGUCAAUAUAAUAUGGAUAACUAGCGUAAGUUGUAGUCUGCCUGUAAAAAAUAUUAGCCAUUUCGACAUUUUUACACUAUGUUGUAUAUUAUAUUAUUAUGUUACAAAAAAUAGAUUAUUAUAGAUUUGACAAACAUCACAAUUUUACAAUUAUUAAUUGAGGUAUGAUUUAUUGCGCGGUGAGAAUGAAUAUUUGUUGCUUUAGCACUAAAUUAUACAUAUGUUUACAUUUUAUUUAGAAACUUUAAUGUAUAUUUCCAAAUUAUAAAACCCUACCUAAUUUUAUUGAGGGCUUGACGUAAAUGUACACUAAGUGUGUAUAGCAAUAUUUUAGAUAAUGGAAUUGUAUUUUAAAAUUUAUAUGAAAUUGUUUAGUACGAAACGAAUCAUCAUAAAUCGAUUUUAUUUUAAUUAUUACGUAAAAACGUAGAACUGCAUCACAAAUUUUGCUGAUUCGAAGCUUUACUAGCUAUUACAAUGUUAUCAUAUAUGCGUGUAUGCUGUUAAGCAUCUCAUAAGCUAAUAUAGGUACUUAUAUGUACUCCGAAAUUUUAUGAUUGUCCUCAAAUUUUCUUAAUCACAUGUGCAAUUAUUAUUAAAUGUACAAAAAUAAUUAUUUACAGCGGCUUUAUAAGUUCCGGGAAGUAGUAAAGAAACUCCACUUCAAAAAAAAAUUGCGUGCGUACACAGUACACAUGUCAGAAGUGAAACCUGCAUUGUGCAUGAACCUCGAAACUGCAUAUGAAGUCCUGGUACAUAUUGCGAGGAUGAUUUGCACCGCUAUUAAAGACAUUACUAUCACCACUACAAUAUUUAUGUUCUCCUGGUGUCUAUGUAGUACUAUGUCGUGCGCAUGACUUCAGAAUAUAUUAAGGUAUACUCGCGUCAUACAUAAGACAAUCUCUUCUUAAACUAUGAUCGCCUGGUACCAAAACACUCUAUAAUGCUUCUUAUCUCAUUUUCUCCCACGUUAAAUCGUGUCUCUUUUUACUGUCUCGGUUUUUCGUUUCAUUGACUUUAAAAUCACAGCGAUGCAAAAUAAGUUUUUACUUCAAAAGUGUGUAGGUACGCAAGAAAGAAGUUAUAUUUCUUUGGCGUAACAUAACAAAAAUCCUUAAAAUAAAUUAUUCCUCGUGCUAUUUUACAUUUUGUAGAAUGAACAAUAUUCUUCCGCAUAAUUUAGUUAAUUUAGUCUGAAGUGUGAUACAAAUGGUCUAGUUGACCAACUAACGUCAGAGUGUCGAGGUGCGCGCGCAAAAGAAACAUUACGCGCCAAAAGAAGUAUAGCUUCAAUAAAAUCGUGAUUAAAUCAAAUAGAUCAAAUCUUGUUUAAUUUAAUUUUAAAUUUAAAUAUUUCAUUAUAUUGCAGAAUAUUUAAAUGUAAGUUUUAUGAAGAACACGAACAAUGGCAUGCAGCAAUCUUAAUUGUGCAAUUUUAUUAUUAUAAAAUAUUUUUACGUAUGAAUUAUAAUUAUGUUGUACACUAUUAUGCAUUUAUUUGUCAUAAUAAUAUUACUUCGAUAGUGAAAUUUGUUUUUUUUUUUGGAGAUAGAAAUAUAUAUAUAUACAGGUAACUAAGACAAUGGGUCUUAAAAUUUUUUAAAAUUAAAUGAAAUUUAUUUAUUUUGUUGAAUACAUUAUUGAUUUUAUAUUGUAGUGUCUUCUAUUCGGCUAAUUUAAAUAAGCAUGCAAAAAAGUUUGCAUAAAAUUAAAAAAAAAAUCUUACCAAAUUAAAAAAAUAUCGAAUCGAAAGUCAAAAACAAAUUGAUCUUGAAGUACCUGAGUUAUUGCGUUACUUACCAUUAACCCUGUAAUAGAACAAAACCAUAUUGGAACGAAGCAAACUUUUAUAUGUAAUAUUGUCUAUUUUGUUAUGUUAUACCAGUGUUAAAAAUAAAAACGGCUACGGCUUGGUGCGUGUUUUUAGACUAAUUUUAAUGUGUGCAGUGUCGGCAUAACGUUUAUAUUGUUGCAUAUUAGUUUAAUUAAAUAUACGUUUUUUAAGUACUGCUAAUACGAUAAUGUAUUAAGCUUGGAGGGAAUAAGGUCUGUUUUUGUGUGACUAGUGUUCGCUUCGGUCCCGAAGAAGAGAUAAUUUUAGUCGUUGACUCGCGUCGAAUUAUUUUUCUUUAAGGUACGGACAGACGUGCUCAAAAAAAGCGUGCUUUUAAGUAUGCUUAAAGUUAGCAUGCUCAUGCAACUGUUCACAUUUGCCAGCAAUAAGCAUGCUUGCUUAAGCUUAUUUUACAUAUUUUCCAAUAAAUAAAUAAAAAAAAAUACUCAUAAAUAUUGAGGGUUCAAUUUUCGUUUUAUUUUAAUUUGACGCAAAAACAGUCGCCCGCCGCGGAUAGAGAUCAAAUCGAUGCCUCAGGUAGCAUGCUCGAAAAUCAAACGUCGGUUGAUUUUUAAGCAGUUCUAAAUAAGUAUGCUCAUUAAGGUACGGACACACGUGCUCAUUACUAGCACGAAAGCAUGCUUUUAUUGAGCAUGUGCUCAUUAGUAGCACGUGUGUACUGUAAUGAGAAUACUUAUUUAGACCGUGCUUAAAAAUCGAACGACGUUUGAUUUUCGAGCAUGCUACUUGAGGCGCGGGUAGAAGGGGGCGUUCUCCUAGCGCGUUUGAACAGGCUUGCUUAUUAGCAUGCUAUUAUCGAUUUGAUCUCGAUCCGCGGCGGGCGACUAGGAUUAUUUUUUUGAGUUCUGUAUGGAUAUCACUGUCACUAUAUCUUUGUACAUCCAUUUUGUCCAAGAGCCUGGUGCCAAAUAGCAGCACGUCUGUCCGGUACGUUUGCUUUGAGCAUGCUUUUUUAUGAGUAUGCUUAAGCAAGCAUGCUUAUUGCUGGCAAAUGUGAACAGUUGCAUGAGCAUGCUAACUUUAAGCAUACUCAAAAGCACACUUUUUUUGAGCACGUCUGUCCGUACCUUAAAGCACGCUCUAAAUAAGUAUGCUCAUUACAGUACACACGUGCUACUAAUGAGCACAUGCUCAAUAAAAGCAUGCUUUCGUGCUAGUAAUGAGCAUGUCUGUCCGUACCUUUAUGAGCAUAAGCUUAUACAGAAACAGGAUGGUACGUGCUAUUGCCGUACGCUGUUAGGUCAAUGCUUUAACUAUCGUUGCUUCGUCACCGAACUUUAGAAUUAAAUAUUGUUAAAUGUUUUAAAGAAUCACAAUUAUUGGGCUGAUACUUCGCAUUGUUGUGUCAGAUUAAAUCAUUUAAAUAUCAAUUAAGAUAUAAUACUUACAUUAAGGAUUGAUCUCCGCUGCGCUCCAAUUAGAUACCGCAGGCGUAGUCGCAAAGUGCGGCAAUUAAUACUACGCCCAAGUGGACAUACUUGAGCCAGUCUCGAACAAUGUGUGACGCUGACGUGCCAGAUGUUCUAUUAAACUUUGCUAAUAAUUGAAACUGAAAUGUCCGGUUGAGAAGUAAAUUAAAAAUUAAUACUCCAAGAAAUGAGAAAGACACUGGGACUACAUAUCAUCAAUAAGUAUUUUGUAUUUUAUUAAUUUCAAUGUAAAAUAACAGGAAGCGUAUGUAUAAAUUUGAAAGAUGCCAUUGAGUGUCAAAUGCCAACGAACACAAGCAUUUAAAAGUUACCGCAAUAAAAAAGCUAUUGUUCUUAGGUAGUGCGGUAUCUACUAAGAGCGCAGCGGAGACCAAUACUUAAUCUAAGAUAUAAUACUUAUCUGAACAAAAUUGCAUUGAUCAAAAAUAGAUAUAUAAUAUUUUUAUUUUAGUCUCGUCUCUAUGUUUUUCAUCAUUGCGAAUUAAAUGGCUAGUGAUUAGUGUUUUAUUUUAGUUUUUAGAUAAUUUUUUAUUCGUAAAUGUAAAUGUAAAUAAAUUUAGCAUAACUAAAUUUUAUAUGAAACGGUAAUAAUAUAGUUAUUUUAAAAUAUUUUUUAUAUUUCCAUAGGGUCAAGUGGUUUAUGGAUACGAACUAGAAUAUUUUACAGAUUUUCAUAUAUAUAUUAUAGAAAACUAUAUGUAUAAUAAUUUUUAUCAAUUUUUACAAAUUUUUGUAAUUCUAGAAAAAUUAAUAGAAAGUGGUUUCUAACGUUUUCCACUUUUUACUUACAGAGUUAAACUAUUUCUAUUUAUGAAAUUUGCUUUUUCAGAGCAAACACUGGGAUUUUCGUACAUUUUUGACAUUUAUAUACAAAUUUUUACACUGAUAUAUAACAAUUUUAUAAUUUAUUGUCCCACGAUCAAUUUUAAGCUAAGUUUUUUAUUUUAUAACAUUUUUUUUAUUUUGAAGUUUUGAUUAUACAAUUUUAUAAAUCUUUGUAAAUAGCGUAAUCCAAAUUUUUAACUUGUGCAUUAUUUUUGUGCAAUCGAUAGUCUAUAAGAAAUUGUUGUCCUAGAUACAUGAACUGAUAAUAUCAAGGAAAUGAAACGCACUUUGGCGGGAUAUUUUCUUUGUCGGAAAGUUUAUUUUAUGUUAGGUAAUGCAUACAAAAGUGCAGCUAAUAAUUGGUAUAUAAAAGCAAAGGGGUGUGAUAAGCUCGUUUACAUAUAUUGUUCAAAUGAGUUGACUAUAAUGUAUGUUGAUUUUCUUAUAAGCGUAAAAUAUUGUUUCUACUUUUAUCGAACUUACCUAAAAAUAAUUAUGUAUAUAAGUUAAAAUAAGUGUUCCUAUCAUUUUAUUAAACUAAAUUAAAUUUACACAUAAUGCGAUUCAAGCUGAAAUAACUAGAUUGUUUCAUGUCAUAUUAAAUAAAAACAAGACGUGGGUGCAGAGAAUCGGGGUUUUUGAAUUAUUCCGUUAGGUCUAAUUGCUAUAAACAAUUUCAUAUAAUUUAUACGUCUAGAAUCUAGAUAUCGUGUGACAGCUACGAAAACGUCGAAAAAAACUGAGGUUGACAGUUAAAUUUUAUUUUGAAAACAUCUAACGCACACUAACAAAAAGUGAUAUACAAAUCGCGAGUGUAAGACGUAGUUCGUCGAGCACACUAAAGUAAUAAACUUGGCCUGUUUUCAUCGGUUCUUUAGCAGGAAGUGGCUCUAUCUAGAGGUUUACCAAACCUUUUUUAAAUAUCUAAGUAAACAGUAAUUAGAAAUUUUAAAUUUUGCUAUCGAUGUUAACUUGAUCCAUAAUGAAUGUAAAUUAAAAGGAAUACUUUGUUAAUAUUUACCGAGUUAAUGUGAAUGUGUUUUAUUGUAAUAACAUUUAAAAAUUUUAAAAAUUUUCAAGAAGUAGCUUUAUCAAAGGUAUCAACUGAACUAAAAUUAAACGCACUGACCCAUUAAAGUGAUCUAAAUAGGAUGGCGUGAUUGAAACUAUAAAAAAUAUACAACUGUCAGAAUGCGUCCCAAUUAGAACAAUUUGGUGUUAUAUGUAAUAUCAAUGGAUAUCCCGCCAAAGUACGACCGUCAAGCCAGAUGCUUAAUGCAUAAUAUUUUUUAAAUGUAAUUUGUUUUAUGAAAAUUGUUUGAACGACGACAAUAGCCGUGUCGGUACAAUCGUGUUAGUUUGUUAGUUACAUUUUGUUGUCUGUUGUAAGCGAGUAAGUAGCAUAUACAUAAUAAUGUAAUCUAUCAUAAUGAAUUAAAUUACUAGUCUACUUAUAAUAAACUGUAACAUCGAUACCUCUUGGGA